AAGUUGUGGGGGUGAUCAUGGGGCUGGAGAUGGGAGGGUGUCAGGUGAGAGAAAGGCAGAUUGAGGUUGCCAGGGUUACAGUAGUACAGGAAGUGUGGUAUGCUGAAGCAGGGAAGACAGUGGUUGAGGAACAUGGGUACAGGGUGAGGGAUCCUGAGAGGAUUCCUGUGAGAGAUCAAGAGACUGUGACGGGAAGAAUAUUUGCUUCAGCAAGGUGGGCUUUUUAUCAUUUAUAGUCGUGGUCGUCAAUUGUACUGCAGAAAUGAAUUGAAAGUCACAGAAAAUAGAGGUUGUGGUGGCAGUGGUAGAGAAGUACUUGGGAUUGCGAGGAUUUACUGCAGAACAGCUGCAGGGGGAGUGGUAGGGUUUUGUCUUCUCAACCCACUGGUCUAGAGUUGGACUAGAAAGGGUUCAAUAGUGGAAUGGGUGGCAAUUUCCCUUGUCCCCAAUAUUGUAUUAUUGCAUCAAAGAAUAUAAUGUAGGUGGACCGUGAAUGGCCUCACACCCCUCUCUUCCCUACAGUAGGUGGCGGUGUAUGCACCUUAAAGUUGGAUGCAAUCCGACAACCAAAUCCGAAAGAAGAAGAAUUAAAGCAGGAAGUGAAUAACUAGAGAGUUGGUUUAUUUUCCUCCUUCACAUGUGGCUUUAUAGACCGUAAAAUUCCCAAAUUACAGAUGGAGUUGAACACGUUUCUUACUCAGCGGUUAACAGCGGCCGCUGUGGAGAUAUCCGCUGUCUUUGAAAAAAAGAUUGUCGAGUACCGGGUAGAAAUCUCCCGUUCAAAGGAGGAGAACAAACGUCUACAGCGGCUGUUGGAUUUGGUUUUCCACCCGGAAAUCAAGUUACGUCGAGCAGACUCCCAGCAGCUCUCUCUAUCUGUCUCUGAAGAGGAGGUUCCCCAUGAGCAGCAGCACUGUGAUCAGGAGAGGAGCCCCAGUCAGGGGCAGGAGGACCCAGAGCACACACAGGUUAAAGAGGAACAGGAGGAACUCAGGACCAGUCAGAAGGAAGACCACCCUCAAGGGCUGGAACCUGAUACCAAAGACAUCUUAAUCCCUGCCUGUGUGAAAAGUCACUAUGAACAGGACCCACCUCUGCCCUCACAUCUUGACCAAACCUUGGAGAACAGAGAGAGGGACUCUCUACCCACCAACACAACUGAACAGAUCAAAACAGAACCUGAUGGAGAGGAUUACAGCAUAUCAGAACCAACCAGGGACUCUCAGCUCCAGCUCCUUCCCCAGGUAGGAAACAGAGAAGAACGUGUUGAUGGGAUGGAGAGACCCAUUCCCCCUCCCUUCCCUCCAGACUCCCAGCAGCCCUCUCUCCCUGUCUCUAAAGAGGAGGUUCCCCCAGAGCAGCAGGAGAGAAGCCCCAGGCUGGGUCUGGAGGAACCAGAGCCCACAAAACAAGAGGAACUCUGGACGAAUCAGGAGGAACAGCAGCUGGAAUCUGACAGCAGAGUAUCAGAACCAACCAGUGACUCUCAGCUCCUCUCUGCAGUAAAUCCAGACUGUUCUGCAGCUCAGAGUGAAAAUGUUAAAGUUCAUCAGAGUACCAGCACUUCUUCAGAACAAGAUUCUAGGAACGUGGAAUCAAAUGAAGCAUCUAGUUUCUCUACCUGGAGUGAGGAAAACAUCUCCGUAACAGACAGCAACUCUUCAGACAGUAGCUCCUGCACUAAAGAAGACUCUGAGGCACGUAAACCAGCGAAGAGAACAUGCCAUUCUAGAGGUGUGGUGAACGAACCAUCUGAUUUGUCCAACUUAUGUGAUGAAAACACCCCGGGGACUGAGAUCAGCCCUUCAGACAGAAACAAAGACAUGAACAUCCAAACAGACUCUGGGGCUCAUUAUCCAGCUAAGAGGAUAUGUCAGAGGGUGCAUGAUGUUGCCGUAGCAAGACGUGGCAGUGGAGAGAUGGCCUCCUGUUCCCGUCCCAAAGUGCCAGGAUCCACUCGAUGUUACACCCACUGCUUGCACUGUCAAGGUCUGUACAUUCAAAAGUCACUACGGAAGCAUGUCAGAUACUGCCCUCUGAACCCCAAAGCUGAAAAACCAAAACCUGGACCAAAGAUGAGGAUUCAGUCAGCAAUGGCGUUUAAGAUGCGUCCUCAACCCGACUACGUCAGCACAGGUCUUUGGAAGAUAGUUUGUGGUAUGAACUCCGGCCAAGUUUCAUUUGUGGUUAGAAAUGACAAAUGUAUCCUCCUCAUGGGAGAGGAGCUGUACAACAAACUACAGCCAGAUGACAGAAGAAACAAAUACAUUCAACAAAGAAUGAGAGAGGUGGCAAGACUCCUCAUCACGGCCAGGACGUGUACACCUCUGAUGUGCUUUGAGGACUUGGUCAUACCUAGUAAUUUACCUCACGUCAUCACGGCAGUGAGAGCUGUUGCUGGCUACAACGAGGAGAACAAAACGUACGACCGUCCGACGCUGGCUGUUCAAAUGGGAUACAACUUAAUGAACAUUGGCAACGCUGUGGAAUCCUGUGCGUUGACGUCAGGACGACACAAAGUCGCGGAGUCUGCUGGCAAAUUCAAAGGUUUCAAGUGGAAUGAGGUUGUUUUGGCUGGAGCACUGUCCACUCUCAGUGAACCCCAAAAUAAAUGCGCCCAGCCGGCCCGUCGCACAGGCGCCCAGCCGGCCCGUCUCCCAGCGGAGCCGGCGCCCAGCAAACCCGUCACACAGCCGCCCAGCCGGCCUGCCUCCCAGCUGAGCCGGCGCCCAGCAAACCCGGCGCACAGGCGCCCAGCCGACCCGUCGCACAGGCACCGAGCCAAGCCAAAGAAACACUGUGAGAUUAAAGAGGAUCGUUGAUGAGGGAGCAGCAGUAGAGAAACACAUAAUGCCGUUCAUAAAGAGUGGCCAAGUUCCUGGAAAGAGGGACUGCCUCAAAUGCCUCCAGUCAGAACCUGUGGCGCUCAAAAGCAGAAACUGGUCGGGCAUUAAGUUCUAUGUAAAUAGAGUCAAACAGAGACAGAGUACUGCAGCAAACUUGGGAGACCGCGGGGUCUUCAAAUCAGGUCCAGAGACUGUCAACGCAACACCUUAGCCAUUGCGUUUCCCAGUCAGACUUCGAACCAGCCAGGGAUUUGAACCAGCAACUUUGUGUGUGUGGUGGGGGGUUACAGGUACCAAUAUUUAAAUUCAUAUUCUGUUCAUAUAUUUUAUAUUCAUUAGUUCACACAUUGUACCUGUGGGUUGCCACUAAAAACAUUGAUGAAGAAAUGAACUUUGCCAUUUCCUGGUUGGUAAAAUUCUAAUGGUAAACCUAAUUUCUGUUUGUGACAAAACAAGCAAGUCUAGUGUAGACUACAGGAUCAUUGUACCAUCUAAACCCCGCUGUGAAAUAUAUUUUCCAUAAACAAAAAGACUGUAUUUUUUCGUCUGUUUUGAAGCUGCUGGACAAAACUUGAAAGUAAAAGACGCAAAAACAAAUCUUAAGAAUGGGAAGCAUAGAAAUAGGGCACAUAGAACAGAUCUACCAGCUUCCUAGACUUGCUUUCAGUGAGAGUGACAGAUCUAUAACUGUGAGUAGAGAUGGAGUCCUCCAUCGGGAUCUUGAGAGGCAGUAGGGCUUAUUUGGUUUUGAUUAAUUUUUGUAAUUUGAGAUUAAACUGAAUUUUAUCUAUGAUCUUCAAUGCAUUUGGGAGCAAUAGAGAUACAUUGUCUAGAUGUAGUACAAUAUUGUCUGCGUAUUGGUGUUAUUUUCUUUGAUUGAUGAAUGGCCUGGACCAGGGGUUCCCAUGGAUACUAAAAUAACAAAGGAGAAAUUGAUCGCCUUGUCUGCUGCUUCCAGUGAUUCUGAACAGAGCAGAUAUUGCCUAUUAUAACUAUGGCUGAGGGAUUGGCAUAUUAAUGAAAUUAGAGCCAUUUUUCAAGACCGACCAGAGAUCUAACCAUUCUAGUUUAGUAAAAGCUUUUUCUGCAUGGAGAGAUGAAACAGCCCAAGAACCUGUUGAUUCUGAUGAAGCAUCGACGAUAUGGAAUAGUUGACGGAUUUAAUCCGAGGAUAAAUAUAUAUGUAUGUGUGUAUAUAUAUGUAUGAAUGUGUAUGUAUAUAUAUAUAUUUUUACAAACCCGCUUCGGUCCUUGUGGACCAAUUUGGAUACGUAAGUCUUGAGACGGGAUGACAAUUUUAGUAGGCAGUUUUAAUAUCUGUGUUUAUCGAAGAUAGGGGGCGAUAGAGAGUACACUGGGUGACAUCCUUUAUUUUUGUAUAGGUGAAAUUAGUGCUGUAUUUACAUUUCUCCAAAAUGAACCUUUGUGUGAACAGCUGUGUUAAUCAUUUAGAGCAAUAGUGGACCUAAUUGAGACCAGCGACAUGUUGGUUACAGGCCUGUUUCUCUAACGCGAGGCUACCUGAUACCCCUAAGGACAUGUUUCAUGACUAAAUCUAUUUUCAGAUCAAACUACUGUAUUUUCCUGUAUUAAUGUUACUAUUGAAUGAUUAUCAUUGUGAAAUCAUUUCCACUUUCAUGGAUUGAAUUGGGCAGGAUGCAUUCCUUUCUCUAAUAUGUUAUAGAGAUACCAAUAUCAGAUUUAAUGCCAGAGAUCAUGUCACAUUGCUACUUAAAGCCCCAUGCAGUAUUUUUUUAUUUUAUAUUUAAAUCAUCAUUGUAUGAUUACUAAAUCACUGUGUUUAUUUCAGUAAAAUAACACCAUAUUUUUUAAAAAUCAUUUAUUUCCCUGAGCCUCCUUUUGCCAUUGAAAUGCUCAGUCUGGUUGUGGUGAUACAAAUGUAAAUAUAUUUACAUACACAGCCCUGAUUGGCGGACAGGCUCGUCUAGACUAGAGCCGGGGUGCUCAAACCUUUGGGGUUGGUGAAAUAUUAUCUGAGUGGUGGGCCAUGGGCGGAGUAAAUAGAUAUGAUCUAUUUAGAAAUAUAAUAUGUAAACAAUAACUUUUUAUGGUCUUGAAGCAAUAUCUUUUUUUUUAAGCAAUCAUAGAAUUAGUGGCCGUAACUUGACACCUAACAACACGUUAUCAUUAGGAGGAUACAUCUGCAAAUAAAGGAUGAUUGGUCAUUGGUCAGAAUCAAUACGA